UUAAGAGGGAGGUCGUCCCUAAAUAGAGGCCGUGGGUUGUAAAUACUAGUGUCUACUUUCCCGUUGGAUAGUUAAGUUGCGCUACAGAUUUUACAGUUGUAGAUAUUAGUAGAGAGCCAAAGCCUGGGGACUGACUAGUUUUGGAGUAUUUUUGUUGGCUUUUUGCGUGCAAACUAAUGGGAGUAUACUUUUGUCAGCUUUGUAGACGAACGUUCUUUUCGGGAAAGGGGCAUGUCUACGAAAAGAAGCACAAAGAAAAGCUGAAAACUGUGUUGACUAAGUUCCGACGGAAGGUAGAGGCAGCUUUUAAAAUGAUGAAGGAACCCCAGGCUGUAAAGUAUGAUUACAUCGAGCAUGAGAAGAAUUUCUGGUGCUACUGUUGUGGGUGUGAAGUUCGCAAGCACAUGAGUAGUGAGAAUAUUACCGUGCUUUAUGGUGCUCUGCUUGAACACCUGGCAAGUCCGGAGCACAGAAAGCAAACCAACAAGUUCUGGUGGGAGAACAGAGCUGAAGCAGGUUUAAAAGCCAAGUUUCUGAUCUCCAUAGAGGAUUAUGAGAGGUUCAAGGCCUUGGUUGGCAAAACAUUGGAGUGUUAUGAAGAGAAAGAAGAUGAACUUAUUAAGCAGGAGGCAGUCUUCAUUCGAGAGAUGGACCAGAAAAGGCAGGAGAUAAUUCAGUCUGUUCUAGAGCCUCAGGCCGAACAGGAUGCGCAGAAUGGAUUCUCUGAAUCUGAUGUUGUAACUUUUGACAAGAGACCAUGUAUUGCUACCUGUACAACAGCACAGACAGAACAGCCAGGAUCAAAUGUAUGGGAAAAAGAACUGGAUUCUGGCUGGACACCAGCAGGACCAAGUUUAUCAUUCAUUGGACAUAAGCAAGAAGAAACUGGGAAAGGAAAUGUGCAUACAGGUGCCACUCCACCAUGGUUGAUUGAUGAUGAUGAUGAUGAUGAAGAAUCUGGGAACAUGCAUGAGAUUGGACCAUCUUACGAAGAGUUUGCUAAACACAGAGAGAAGGAAAAGCUAAAGAAGCUCCCAGCUCACAGAGUUGGUGCAAAUUUUGACCACACCACUCAGACAGAUGAAAUGUGGUUGCCUUCCUUUGGAAGAGUCUGGAACAAUGGAAGAAGAUGGCAGUCCAGGCAUCAGUUCAGAGCAGAAGAAAACAAAAGUACCAUGAAGAGGAGUAAAUCCCACCAAUGGAAGAAUAAGAAAGUAAAAUUAGAGAAAAUGUAGAACAUGUCUGUAGUUUCCACACUAGAAACAUGAAUAUUUGAAUUUUGCCACUUCAGCAACUGAAUGCAUUAUUGUGUACUAAUAGAUCUGCAGUAAAAUGGUUUGACAUUGGUGGAUAUGUAAUAAAAGAUAACUCUACAGCAAGCACAGUAUCUUUUUUUUCUACUCUUACAGGUUUCUGGCAUACACCUGCAGUGUGAUGUCUGUGGAUAGGUAAUAAAAUAUUAUCCCAUA